AUUACUUCAACGCAAACGAUUCUGCCAGUGCUAGGGGCGACAUCGACGUGACAAAUCCAGACCCUGCUAACAGUAACAAUUUAAAAGGAGCUCACAGAACUGGACAGAAGGACAGCACCACGGCCCUACAAGCCAUCUUCGAUCAUGCUUUCCAAACAUCGGGAACGACUGUAAUUUACUUCCCCGCCGGAAAAUAUCUAAUCACUUCAAACCUUAUCAUCAAAGGUAGAGUCACCUUGAUGGGAUCUGUUGACG